AUGGAUUUAAAGUCAGGACAAGUCAUCAGAAGUGAAGACAUAUACAGAGCCUAUUGGUUAUAUUGGCGGCUAUUGGGCUUGGAGAGCAGUUUUAUCUUAAAUCGAUUGCUGGAUAUUCUAAUCACAGUAUUCGUCACUGUCUGGUAUCCAAUUCAUCUAAUCCUUGGCCUCUUUAUGGAAAGAACCCUCGUUGAUGUCUGCAAAGGCCUACCAAUCACAGCUGCCUGCUUCUUUGCCAGCUUUAAAUUUAUUUGCUUCCGCCUGAAGCUGUCAGAGAUUAAGACCAUUGAGGUCCUGUUUAAAGAGCUGGACCAACGAGCUGUGAGUCACGAGGAAUGCCAGUUUUUUAAUCAAAACACCAGACGUGAGGCGAAUUUCAUUUGGAAAAGUUUCAUUGUGGCCUAUGGACUGUCGAAUGUUUCGGCAAUAUCAACAGUUCUGUUCGGUGGUGGACAUAAGUUGUUAUAUCCCGCUUGGUUUCCCUACGAUGUCCAGAAAUCAGAACUACGAUUUUGGCUAAGUGUAACCUAUCAGAUAGCAGGAGUUAGCUUGCAGAUACUUCAGAAUCUGGCCAAUGACUCAUAUCCUCCAAUGACAUUCUGCGUGGUUGCCGGCCAUGUCAGACUUCUGGCAAUGCGAUUAAGUAGGAUAGGUCAGGAUGAAAAGGAGAGCCAGGCUUCUAUUGGAAAGCAGUUAGUAGAAAGUAUUGAGGACCACAGGAAGUUAAUGAAAAUUGUGGAACUUCUGCGCAGCACCAUGAAUAUGUCCCAGCUCGGCCAGUUUAUAUCAAGUGGAGUUAAUAUAUCCAUUACACUAGUUAACAUAUUGUUUUUUGCCGAAAACAACUUUGCAGUGACCUACUAUGGAGUAUAUUUCGUGUCCAUGGUGCUGGAGUUAUUCCCCUGUUGCUACUAUGGAACUCUGAUAUCCGUGGAGAUGAAUCGGUUGACCUAUGCUAUAUAUUCUAGCAACUGGUUGGGAAUGGAUCGAGGAUACUGCCGCACCCUGUUGAUAUUCAUGCAACUCACCCUGGCAGAGGUGCAGAUUAAGGCUGGUGGAAUGAUUGGCAUUGGGAUGAAUGCCUUCUUUGCCACCGUGCGAUUGGCCUACUCCUUCUUCACUUUGGCCAUGUCGCUGCGAUAA